CGUUUUUUAGGCGUGCGUGUAGACACCGAGCGGCGGUGGUCGUUGGUCGGGGAGGCGCCCGCGGCCGGGCCCCCGGGGUGCGCGUGGCGCCCGUUUCUCCGCGGCCGCUGCGGGCCCCUUCGCGCGGGAACCCUGGGGUCUGUGCGCAAAGGGGGCCGAGUGCCCUCGGGGCAGCUCCCCUUCCUGCCCGGCGCGCCCCGCCCAGAGCCCUGCGCGGCGGCGGGGGGUCGGGGCCGGGGGCUCGCAGAAGCGGAGAUGAACGCGAGUCCGUUCGUUCCGGAGGCAUCGAGCGCUGGCGCCAAGGGCGCUGGGGAAGCCGCUGGGUUGUUGGGAAGCACUGCGGGACCGGGACCGGGACCGGGUGAAGCGCUGAGAGGCCCUCCUGAGUGACUGGCAGACUUUAGUCGCGUCUUAGCUCAGCAGGGAAGGCGGAGGAAGCGCACUCCUGGGAGAAGGAGCCGCCUUUGCAAAGCCCGCGGAUGAACGGGAAGGAAGGGAGGGAGAGAGCUGGAGAGGUGGGCGGGUCGGCCUGGCCUAGAUCCUGAAGGACGUGGCAGGUCUGGAAAGUUUGGGGACUUGAUCUUAAGAAUAACGGGAAACCUUAACGUGGUUCUAGCUGGAAGGGACUAUUAUUUAAAAGGUUGUGUUGAACUCAAGCAACCAGAAGGAGAAACUUGGGUAUUUACACGAAAGAAAGAAACGGGUGGAAAGUAGAAGAAUGUUCAGUGGCGUCACCUGCUCUGUGCAUUGUUCGGAAGAGGCCUGGAAGAUGGGCCAGGAAGGCGCCUGUGGAGUGUAGGGCUCAGGGUCCUGGCCCUCUUACCCGAGCAAGCUCAGGAGUAGGAGGGUGGAAGCGACAAAGAUGUGCGCUGAGAAGUGGAUGGCAGUUUCCCUCUAGGAGUAAAAUGGAAGGUGAAUUGAGCGGAUUGGACAUCCACACUCCGGUUUUUGACAAGAAAAAGAAAAAGUACUCUGUAGAUAAGGAAAGACGUCGGAUGCAUGCCCACGGAAGUUUCAGAGACGCCCCCCUGGCAAGCGAACACUCGCACAAAACGAAGAAGAAGAAAAAGAGGCAGGACCACCAGCGCCUCGCCUCGUCUCCUUUGGAAACAUCGGAACUCUGCGAGGAGGCUGCACGGGCCCCUUCUCCAGCCAAAAAGAGGAGAAAGAAGAGUGCUUUGGGGAUACAGGACGGAACAGGCGUGUACGUCAUGGUGGAUAAAGAAAACAUCGAGAACAUGCCCAAGAAUUUUAGACGGGAUGUUGACAUCGUUUAUAUUGACAUGAGCAGGGAACAGGAGUCGCCCAGAGAGCCCGAAGCAGGCGAGUCGCCUGCAGUUACUAAGCGACGGGAAGAGCCGCGCAGGAAAGUUAGGGAGAAAAAGAAAAAGAAGCGUCGGCGGGAAGCUGCGUCCUGCGAUGCUGCGCUGGGGGGGCCAGGCCCGGGCGCCAGCGUCCUGCCCCAGCCGGAGUCCCCGCUUUCUGCGGGCCUGGGAGGCCCCGUCACACAGCUGCCAGGCGCCGCCCACGAAAAGAAGCCUGAGAAAAGAAAGAGGAAGAUUUCACAUCACCAGGGAUGUGAGAGUCCCGAGGCCGUGAAUUCCGAGGGGGCACAGGUGGUCCAUGGCCUGGGGACUGCAGAAGGCAGGAGGGAGCCCUGCAGAUUGAAGAAAAGGGCCAAGAAAAGGAGGCGGAGGGCUCCUGUUGAAAGUGCUCUCUCGGGCCUCCCCACCAGCUUGGAGGACCCGCUGCUUGACUCCCUGGGAGGUAAUGCUUCCUCCAUUGAGGAGAGUGCGACCCCCCGGCCCCGAGAGGAGGAAGACCAGGCGUGUUCGGAGGAGGCGCCGAGGUUAGAACCUCCUGACGAAGAAAGCAAUUUGGAUUCGGCCCGAGAUGCCGAAGUGCGGUCUCUGUCCGAAGACUUGGGAGACGCGGACGAUGCAGACGUGGACCUGGCCUCCGCCGUGAGGCAGCUCCGGGAGUUCAUCCCCGGCAUCGGGGCGAGGGCCGCCACCACGAUUAAGCGCAUGUACCGGGAUGACUUGGGCCGGUUCCAGGAGUUCAAGGCGCAGGGUGUCGCCAUUAAAUUUGGCAAGUUUUCUGCGAAGGAAAAUCAGCAGUUAGAGAAAAACGUGCAGGAAUUUCUGUCCCUGACAGGAAUCGAGAACGCGGACAAGCUGCUGUACACGGACAGGUACCCGGAGGAGAAAGCCGCCAUCACCAACCUAAAGAGGAAGUACGCGUUUCGGUUGCACAUCGGGAAGGGCAUCGCCCGGCCCUGGAAACUCGUGUACUACCGAGCGAAGAAGAUGUUUGACGUCAAUAACUACAAAGGCAGGUACAGCGAAAGGGAUGCGGAGAAGUUAAAGAUGUACCAUUCCCUCCAUGGCAACGACUGGAGGAAGAUCGGGGGUUUGGUGGCUCGAAGCAGCCUCUCCGUCGCCCUGAAGUUCUCCCAGAUCAGCUGCGAAAGAAACCAUGGUGCUUGGAGUAAGACGGAAACCCAGAGACUAAUCAAAGCCGUUGAAGAAGUGAUUCUAAAGACAAUGUCUCCCCAGGACUUAGAAGAGGUAGAUUCUAGACUCCAAGAAAACCCCGAAGGCUGCCUGUCGAUUGUUCGGGAAAAACUCUACAAGGGCAUAUCUUGGGUAGAAGUCGAAGCUAAAGUCGAAACCAGAAAUUGGAUGCAGUGUAAAAGUAAGUGGACGGAGAUUCUCACCAAGAGGAUGACGAAUGGCCGGGACGUGUACCGCGGGGUGAACGCCCUCCAGGCCAAAAUCAACCUGAUUGAGAGGUUGUAUGAAAUAAAUGUGGAAGAUGCUAAUGAAAUAGACUGGGAAGAUCUUACUGGUACCAUAGGCGAUGUCCCUCCGUCUUACGUUCAGGCUAAGUUUUAUAAGCUGAAAGCCACCUGUGUGCCCUCCUGGCAGAGGAAGACUUUCCCAGAGAUUAUAGACCACCUUUAUGAGACGAGUCUGCCUUUGCUCAAAGAGAAGCUAAAGAAGAAGGUGGAGAAGAGAGGCGCUGUGCCCCCUCCCGCAGCGCCCCGCCGUGUCUUCCUGUUCAGGGACAUCUUCCACUGCGACGACGACGACAGCGAGGACGACGACGGCGGAGGCGGGCAGAGCUAGGCGAUGGCAUUCUGCUCGUCCGGUUUCUGGUUUGGCUGUGUGUACAUACGAGUGUCAGUAGCUGCUCUCUGUGCUGGGGGCUGGCAUCCAGACGCAGUGGCCACACAGGGAGGUGUGAGAGUGACGCCCUUGCUGUGGCGCAUUGAGGAUGGACUGGCAUUGUCCGACGCGAUUGUUUCAAUGUGAAAAGGAGGAGGAACAUGUGAGUUGAUGUAACACGUCUGUCCGAUGGCAAACAAUUCUGGUUCCUGUGGAUCCACAGUGUCCCGAGCCCCCAGGGCAGCGGAGGUGGCGCGUCCUGUAAGCAUGCGCUGUGUGGACUCGGCUGUGCGGCAGCAGCAAAGAGACGUCGACAGCCCGCGUGCCUGGCCGUGGCUUCUGCUCCUCGCUUGUUUACGUGUGUUCUCGGCGGCGAAGUGCAGCUCAGCGUUAGAAGGAAGUUGUGGGUGUGUGUCGCCUCAGCCCGGUUUCCGUUGUCAUGCACAUGGCACAGGUGCCCAGCUCGUCUUCCUGGGGGCGUGCUGGUUUAAAGAUGUUCCUGUCUGAUGCCCUCAGAGCCAGCCACUGAGUUCAUGUGGUGUCAGCUGCAGGGAAGCCAGCGCUCCCUUCCAUUGCUUCCAGAAAACUGGCUUUGCUAGACGUGGGAGGUGCCACGUGGGUGUGGGGCACACUUGUGCCUACUGGAGUCUCGGGCUAGCCCAGCAGCCAGGAAAGCAAAGCACUCCCGAGGUUUCAAACAGGAUUUCCUGUCGGGGUCUAGGCUACAAAAUUGUGCAGCAGGAUGGGGGAGCAAACGGGGAGGUCGAAUACCCAGCGAUGAGCCCCGAGGGGAAGUCGCCGUGGCCUGUGGCCCAGCGCACCCCGUGCUCCUCCCCUGAUGGGUGGUCUGGAGCCCGGGCAGCUGCACCGCUCCUGGCACUCGGCCUCAGCAGGAUGUGUGUCUCCCGAACACAACGCUCCUGCCUCCCCUGCCCUUACGUCUCACAGGUGUCUCCAUGGCAGCUGAGCAGGACCCAACUGGCCAGGCUUCUGGCCACGUGUGUACAUGAUGGAGCACAGGGAGGAGCAUGUGGGUGGACAGUGUCCUGUCACAGGGGUGUCGCUGUCCAUGCCAGGAUGCAGCCCCUAUGCCCUGGGUGUUCUCAUUGAUGUCACUUGUGUAACAUCAUGCUGUGUGUUGGUUCAUUCAUCUGUAACGCUCCCCAUUUCUCCAAACCUGCCGUCAUUGGAGAAGGAAGAUGAGCGACGCGGUUUAGGGGCCCUGGGUCUCCCGGAUCCCCAGCACCCGCACAGUGUGGUGCAGAUAAUACACACUCAAUAAAUGCUCGGGAAACAAAUGAGUGUUUCCUUUUUAGAAAGCA